AUGUCGGGAAAAGAUAAGGUCAAUAUCUUUCCGUCGCGGAUGAACCUUACCAUCAUGAAAGCGAGGCUAAAGGGCGCUCAAAAUGGCCACAGCUUGCUAAAGAAAAAGGCGGAUGCUCUUUCCCUCAAAUUUCGGCAAAUCAUGAAGGAAAUUAUCACAAAAAAAGAAAAGAUGGGCGAGGUGAUGAAAAUAGCCAACUUUGCAUUUGUCGAGGCCAAAUUCGCGGCGGGUGACUUCAAUUCCGACAUUUUGCAAAAUGUGGGAACACGCGCGUCGAGAAGACUCAAAGCAAGAAAAGAAAAUGUCGCCGGCGUUUCUUUGCCUGCUUUCGAGUGUAUCAGUGAUGGAACGGACAAUUACGAGCUCACAGGUCUUGGCCGAGGCGGAGAGAAAUUCAAUCAUGUUAAAAAGGCCUACGCUGACGUUGUUCAGUUGCUUGUCGACAUUGCCAGUCUUCAAACAUCUUUCGUUACUCUCGACGAAGUGAUCAAAGCGACAAACCGCCGCGUCAACGCAAUUGAGCAUGUCAUCAUUCCAAAAUACGAACGAACUAUUGCCUACAUCAUCUCUGAACUCGAUGAGUGUGAGAGAGAAGAGUUCUACCGACUCAAAAAGGUCCAGGGAAAGAAAAAGGAACUCAAAGAAGCCCAAGAAGAAGAACUUCGAAUCAUGAAAGAGCUCGGUAACUUCAAGGAAGCUGACAAUCUGCUCGAAGAAGAACACGACCCCGACCUUCUGUUCUAG